AUGCAGUGCGCGGCGGGCGGCGGCGGCGGCGGGGAGCCGGCGGUGAGGAAGGGGCCCUGGACCAUGGAGGAGGACCUCGUCCUCGCCGACUACGUCGCCGCCAACGGCGAGGGCGCGUGGAACAGCCUCGCCCGCGCCGCCGGGCUGAACCGGACGGGGAAGAGCUGCCGGCUGCGGUGGCUGAACUACCUGCGCCCCGACGUGCGGCGCGGCAACAUCACGCCGGAGGAGCACCUGCUCAUCGUGGAGCUGCAGGCCAGGUGGGGCAACCGGUGGUCCAAGAUCGCCAGGCACCUCCCCGGCCGGACCGACAACGAGAUCAAGAACUUCUGGAGGACCAAGAUACAGAAGAAGCGCAGCGCCGGCGCCACCGCAGCGACAGCGCCGGGUGCCAGCUUCUGA